AUGCACCGCACUGUUAUUGUUGAUCCGGUCUCCAACAUGGCGGCUGCGGGCUGCGUACUCCACAGAACCCUGACCCGGUCCAGGUCCAGGUCCGGACCCAAGCAGGAGUCCUCGUCCUCUCCCGCCGUCUGCAGGGACUUCCUGUCCGUGGUGGACCUGCAGCGCUACAGCAGAGACCAGGGCUCGUCCGUCUACUUCCCCCAGGCGGUGCUCAGCGGUGAGGACCUGUACGACGUCACACUGACAGAUGGAGACUGCCGGCUUCAGGUGACUCUGGAUCCUGGUCUGAACCGGCUGGUGGAGAGGAACGUCCUGCGACCGGGAUCCACGCUACGCAACGCCACCUUCGCCCUCGCCAUGAGCGCUCAGCACCCAGCAUGCCCCGGGGCCUCUGCGGAGACAGACAGCUACCGACUGGAGCGAGCGGAGGUCAGAGGGGACGACGAGGACGAUGGAGUCCGGAGGUUUGAUGUGGACGUGGACUCUCUGCCCUGGUUUGGAUCCUCAGACGCUGCAGGUCCUUUGGUUCCUCUGAGAGCCAAUAGGAGCGUGUUUCUCCCUCAGUGGAACAAUGUGGACUACAGUGGGGAGGUGUGGAGGGAAGCCCCGCCCACUGAGGAAGAGGCGGAGCAUGGAGAUGAUGAAGAAGAGGAGGAGGAAGGGCGAAGACCUGCUGUGACGGUGUCCGAGCUGCGUGACCACUUCCUGUCUGGUCAUCGGGGCGUGGCUAGGGGCGCCGUCCAGCAUCGUCUGAUCAUACGCAUCAUCAACAAGUCACACCUGAUGUAUUAUGGGAGAACCGACCGAAACUGUGAAUGUCCUUAUAAGGCGGUGUUGGAGGUGUGCGACCGGACUGGAGGUGUGUGUGUGGUGUUGUGGAACAGUGUGUGUGUCGACUGGUAUCAUCAUCUGAAGCCAGGUGAUGUCAUCAGCCUGAGACGCUAUCGAGUCAAACGGCAUUACCAGGCUGAGCUGGAUGAUAUAGAGAUCAGCGUUAACAGCAGGAAUCCUGCUGCUCAGAUAUCUGUUCUCCCAGAAUCCUCAGUUUCACCCGAGUAUCUCCCACCUGCACCAACCUACAGCUUCUACAACAGUAAGGAUCUCCUGGACCUUCCUCACAGCGCUGAGUGUGAUGUGAUUGGCCUGCUUACAUUCACAGGACGAGCAGAGCGAAUCAGGAGCAAGGAUGGUCGAGGGGCGGAGCUUUUGGAGUAUCGCUGGCUGCGAUUGGAGGACGGGACCAGCGAUCAGCCAAUCCACGUGAAGCUCUUCUCCACGUCUCAACCUGAAACACACCGCAACCUCCACCCAUUGUCUGUGGUCGUUUGUACGAGACUGAAGUUGAUCAAAUCUGCAAAUCAAAGUCACAGCGGCUGCUUCCUGACAAACACCAUCAACACUCAGGUGUACUGCACAGGACUGGGCCACCACUCAGAGAUGAGUUAUCGUAAACUCCGGCCAGUACGCCAGUUCCUUCAGUGGCUGAGGAGCCAGGAUGACGGACAGGUGCUGAGCAGGGCUCUGAUUGGAGGAUUCUUCAUGUACCCACCUCCUCCGGUCUCCCUGGAGACUUACAUGAAGGAUCGAAGAGGUGAGCCAGGUUUCCUCAGAGGGGCGGAGCUUCAGAGGGAGCUGGAGAAGCUCUGUUAUCGGGAGAGACGCACCUUCUGCAUCCAGGCAAAAGUAACCAUGGUUGCAUACGGCCGCAGAGGAGAGGAGGACCGCUCUUUGCUCUGGACGGACAGAGCUGCAUCUCGCUCCUCCUCCCUGUCCUCCCCUCGUCGCCUUACCAUCUCCUCUCACCCGUCUCCCUCUCCGUCCCUCUCCUUCACUUCCUCCCUCCAGCCUCUCCCCUCCAGCCCUCAUUCCUUCAGACCUCCUCUCUCCCCCUCCUCCUCGUCUCUAUCUCCAUCCUCUCCGUCCUCCGCCCUCAGUCAGCUGGCGCCUCGUCCUGUGGACCUCAGAGCAGCGAGGUCGUGUAAGAGGAAACUGCUGCUUCAUCCUGAAACUCCAAAGAGGAGACACCCGUGGGUCACACUACAGCCAGAACAAAACGACAACACAGUCAUCCUGUUCGAAGCCUCCAUGGAGUUUCUAGAAAACCCAAACGCUGAUGAAGACGAGGACGACAGCGAUGAAGAUGGCGCCUCGUCCUUCGUCACCGCUCCCCUCUUUCCCGACUUCCCAUCCGUUGCCGAGGAGACACUGCCGAUGCGUUACGACCACGCCAGCAGGAAGGAGCAGGCUGUCGUCGUGGCGAUGGGAGGGAGGGCGGACCCUGGGAGGUUUGACCCCGCCUUCGAUGACUACUACACACUGAGACUGAGAGCUCUGUCAGAUUCUGUGUCGGUCGACGUCGUCUUCCUCCCUCAUUCCUCUCCUCCCGUCCUCCCUCACCCCAACACCUGGACCUCCAUCUUAUCCCACGGAGCCUUCUCUUCACAUGGACCUCCACCUUCACCAGCUGACCUCAUCGUCUUGGCGUCCCAACUGACCAAUCAGAGGCUGGUGUGCGUCCUGGAGGCGUGUCACCUGGGGGGAACCAGAACUGAACUCAUCCUGAGCCGAGCGUUUCAGCUGCCCAACUGACACACACACACACACACACGCACACGCACAUGCAGGCAAACACACACAUACAAACACACAGAUGCCUGAUAAAACAUUUUUUUAUAACUUAUUGUUCUUAAAGUUCAGAUAUUGGAUAAUUUCAAGUAUUUCUAGUUAUUUAUAACGACAGACACUGAAGCACUUUACUUAAUGUUGUUAGUUGUUGUAAAAACAACACUGACUUCAUCCACAGCUGUUUUGUGGAGUUUAACCAGAAGUCAGUGGAACUCUGCCAUUUGUGUACUACUAAAAUACUUAUAGUAGGAGUAUGUGAAGUAUGUGAGAACAGUAGAAGUGUUGUGUUUACGUAUGAAUAAUUUACGUAUUUAAAAGCAAAGGCCACCGAAUUGGUAUUAUUAUCAUUAUUAUAUUAGUAACAUCACUUACUUACAUUGGGUCAUAUAAAAUACUCACACAGUCAUUUAAAAUAACACUCAACCAAUUGUUUAAAAAGUAUAGAAACAAUAGAAUUCAGUAUUUUACAUCUGUUUGUGAAGAGAAUGUUUAAAAGAGACAUAAAGUCUUGAAAUUUACAGUAAAAAAAUAUGUUUUAACUAAAACUUGAUUAAAUACUAAUAUAUUAAUUAUACAUUUUCAGGCUAAACUCUGUAAAUUCUUAUUCUGACCAUGGUCGUGUUUUCAUGUUUCCUGUUCAGACACUUCAACUUCUGUGUGAUUCAAAAGAAAGGAAAGUUUUAUAGACAUUUUAUUGCCAAAAAGUUUGUGGUUGUCUUCACUGUUCUUACAUCUGGAUUUUGUUCCAGUUGUUCUUUAACUUUAACUAAAAGUUUUGUUCGUGUUUAAACUGAAGGUUUCAGCUCCUUUCACACUGUUUUCUUCAAAACUUCAAAACGGUUCUUAAACUUUUACAGUCUAAUAAAGGAAGUCGUAUCCUCACUCUUUAA